AUGAUCGACAGCAAUUCAAACGUAAUCAGAAAAAUCAAAUGUCAAAAGAAUCGGAAAAAUCAUUGAAUCAUGUUUCAAUUGUCAAUAAUGUUACCAUGACAAUCGACAAUAGUGACAGCAACAACAACGACGAUGAUAAUCAAGAUGAACAUGUUUUGAAUUUUGAUUAUGAACAAUCAAAUCAGUUUGAACAACAACAGGAACAACGAUGUUUGAAGAAUGAUCAUCAGGAUGAUGUUGAAGAAGAAAUUGUUACCACGAAACAAAUUGAUUACAAUACGAAGAUGCAAAACAACAGCAACAAUAUUGGUAGGAAAGAUGAAUGGGAAAAUGGCCAAAUUGAUUGGCUACAUCAAUAUCAAUCGGACAGAAUUAUUGAUCGUCUUUUGACUAAAUUCUGAACACAAAAAAACAAAAUUCUGCUGCCAUUUUUUAAAGAAAAUAAAAAUUGAAUUUUAUUGAGAGAAGAAAAAAAAAUUUCGUGAUCAAGAUCAAAAUGA